AGCGGGGGGCGGGGCGAAGCCGAGGGACGCCGAUCGCCGAACGCGCCACCUUGGCCGUUGUCUCGUCGUGCCGCCGCUCGGACUCAUCCAGCAGUUGCCAGUUGCCGGUUUUCAGUUGCCAGUUGCUACGAGGGGCAGCCGGGAAGAUCGUUAGAGAAUCGAACGGCCAUCGGUCGAGCGACAAUUACUAGACAGCCGCUAGCGCUCGAACUUUUCGCACUCGCGACAUCGCUACCGACGCUCUCAACGCAACCACAAAUCUCCGGCACUUUCGAAAACUCACACCCACACACACACCCACACCCACAACACGCACACACUUUGUUCAACAACACGAUGGUCUCCGGAUCGAAGAUGAUGAAUGUGCGGGUGACGACGAUGGAUGCAGAGCUGGAGUUUGCGAUUCAGCAAACAACGACCGGCAAACAACUCUUCGAUCAGGUCGUCAAAACCAUUGGACUGAGGGAAGUUUGGUUUUUCGGUCUACAAUAUACGGAUAUUAAGGGUGAUCAGACAUGGAUUAAGCUGUAUAAAAAGGUUCUUCCAUUUGGCCCUCGAAAAAUAUUCAACGUUAUGAAUCAGGAAGUUAAGAAGGAGAAUCCAUUGCAGUUCAAGUUUCGCGCAAAAUUUUAUCCAGAAGAUGUUGCCGAGGAACUGAUUCAAAAUAUAACUUUGCGGCUUUUUUAUCUACAGGUGAAAAGUGCUAUUUUAACUGACGAGACAUAUUGUCCACCCGAAACAUCAGUAUUGCUCGCAUCUUACGCCGUACAAGCCCGACACGGCGAUUAUCAAAAGAGCGUUCAUGUUACCGGAUUUUUAGCUAAUGAUCGUCUGUUACCGCAGCGUGUUAUGGAUCAACAUAAGAUGAGCAAGGAAGAAUGGGAGACAUCGAUCACUAAUUGGUGGCAAGAGCACAGAGGAAUGUUACGCGAGGAUGCAAUGAUGGAAUAUUUAAAAAUUGCUCAGGAUUUAGAAAUGUACGGAGUUAAUUAUUUCGAAAUUCGCAAUAAAAAAGGUACAGAACUGUGGCUGGGAGUUGAUGCUUUGGGUCUUAAUAUUUAUGAAAAAGAUGAUAAGCUGACACCAAAAAUUGGUUUUCCGUGGUCGGAGAUUCGUAAUAUUUCAUUUAACGAAAAGAAAUUUAUUAUUAAGCCAAUUGAUAAAAAAGCACCAGAUUUUGUGUUUUUUGCUGCCCGUGUCAAGAUAAAUAAACGAAUUUUGGCACUUUGUAUGGGAAACCACGAACUUUAUAUGCGCAGGCGUAAACCCGAUACUAUUGAUGUUCAACAGAUGAAGGCCCAAGCUAAAGAAGAGAAGCAAGCUCGCGAAAAGCAGCGAGAAAAGCUCCAAUUAGAAAUUGCAGCUAGAGAACGGGCCGAGAAAAAGCAACAAGAAUUUGAAGAACGACUUCGAACUAUGGCUGAACAAAUGGAAAGGAGAGAUGCAGAAUUAAACGUUGCUCAAGAGAUGAUUAGACGUCUUGAGGAACAAUUGAAACAAUUACGCGCUGCCAAAGAGGAGCUGGAGAAUAGACAAACGGAAUUAACGGCGAUGAUGGAGAAGCUUGAGCGAUCUCACGAAAUGGAAGCCGCUGAAAGAGCAAAACUGGAAGCGGAGAUUCGUAACAAGCAAGAAGAAGUUCAACGUAUUCAAUCAGAAGUUGAAGCAAAAGAUGCCGAAGCUAGAAUGUUACAGAAGAUUGUCGAAGCUGACAGGCUUCAGCAAGAAGAAUCCGAAAGAGAGUAUCAAGCUAAUACAACACCACAUCAUCAUCAUGUCGAAGAAAAUGAAGAGGAUGGUGAUGAUGGCGAAGACGAAGUACCUCAUGGAGAUGUAACUAAAGAACUUGUAACCGAUGAAUCAAUUAUCGAUCCUAUUGAAGAACGGCGCACUCUUGCCGAAAGAAACGAACGCCUUCAUGACCAACUGAAGGCAUUGAAGCAGGAUUUGGCGCAGUCACGCGACGAAACAAAGGAGACUGUCAUGGACAAAAUUCAUAGGGAAAACGUUCGUCAGGGUCGUGACAAAUAUAAAACAUUACGUGAGAUUCGUAAAGGGAAUACCAAGCGUCGCGUCGAUCAAUUUGAGAACAUGUAAAAAGUAAAAAACCGUCACGCGACAUCUCUUAAGUUCUAUGUGUUGAUUUUUUAAUAUCUUUUUAAAGUCCUUUGCUGGCGAAUAACCGUGCAUGCAGCAGGUAUGGCGAACGCAUUUGAGUUUAGAAACCUUUGAACACUUGUUUGAAGUAUUUGAGAAGAAUUUGACCCAAGAUAAAGCUUAUAAUAAUGAUUCAAAAGCUUUAAUAACUCGGAAGAUUUAUUACUGCGCGCCUAUUUUAAUCGAGAGUACUGUUGACGUUUGCCACGUGAUUUAGAUAAUCUUUAAAGACUUUCCUGAGCAAUAAGGACUCCUUUAGGAUUCUUGAGCGAGUUGAAAACCAAUACAGAGUUGCCAUUGUUGAAAAUUGUUUUUAAACCCUUAUUAACAUUGGUUUCUUCAGUAAUUGCCAUCAAAACAUAUUUAAAUACUUAAGGACUUGUUAAAGAGCUUGAAGUACAUUGCAAUUGCUAAUAUAGCAAUAUAUAUUUAUACUAAAUAUUAAAGGAUUGUAAGUCUUGAUUGCGCCAGUGCACAAGCAUCUAUGAUCUUAACAAAUAAUGGAAGUGCCUGUCUAUUUUCAGUAUCAAGUACUGAAUUGCGUCCAAAUUUAUAAGUUAUUAGAUUAUUACUUCCAACUCAAGCUCUUACACAAUUUCUUAAGCUCUACAAACGAUAAAGUUUCUUUCAUUACUUAUAAAUAGCUCUAGAAAUAGAUAUACUCUAAACCGAAGCAUCUUGAAAAUUUUUGAAAAAGAAAUUAUUUUAAAUUCUUAUAUUUUAGACAUUGAUG